AUGACGCAUCGACCCGACAACAUCGACGCCGAUAGCAAUAACAACAUCACCAGUAGCAACAGCAUGUCUCAUCACAGACAAUCUCGAUCUAGCCCUCUUCCGCCUCACAGGCGCUUUGAUGAAUCCUGGGUUGAGGUAUCAUCCCAGCCAUCAUCGUCGUCGCUCUCGAGCAUCGGUGACGAAAUCGUCACCACAGGCCUGCGGGUGGGAGGACAGUGCGGCCAGCGCCGCCGCCUGCCCCUCUCAAGGAGGUCGCUGCCCCACCAGAAUCCGGCCAGAUACGCCGCGAGCAGCCAGGAGGAGGACUACGAUGACAGCGACAGCGGAGACAACGACGACGGACACCUCGGUAGCUCCGUUGAGAACGUCCCCGCCGAGGAUGCCGAGUCUGACGACGACGGCGACGACGCUACCGCGCUCGGUGGCCGUGUCGAUGAGCGGCCCGUCUUCCGCCCCCAGCCCAACGCCUUCACCCACCCGCACCACCCACACACCCAGAGGAGCUAUUCUACCAACACGAUGACCGCGGAGCCCCACCCGCACAGCGGCCUCACCAGGCCGUCCUUCUCACGACGUUCCCAGACGCGCGUCCAAUCCGGCGGCGGGGCCCCCAACUUCAUGUCGCCCUCGGCCCGCGAGGAUAACGACGAGGCCCUGCGCGCAUCGCUGACGACACUCCUGUCGUGCGCUGCCGCCGCGAGGGGUCUGCCCAAGUCCAAGGAGGAGGCCGAGGCUCAGCGGAGGGCCCGGAGCGGCGUAGGCCCCAGCAACCAGCCCGUCGACCUGCGUCUGGUGCCGGAAUCCGAGAUGAUGGGCCAGGAAAACAAGUCUGACAAGCAGCAGCAGCAGACUGCUGCUGCUGCUACCGCUUCUGGACCUGACGAUGCUCGCAAGCGUACCUCGCCCGCGACGCGGUCGCCCUCCCGGGACGUUGAUGGUUCCAGGAAGUCCAAGCGCAGCGCAUCAGCCGGUCGGGGGUCACGCGCCACCAAGAAGAAGACGUCGACCAACGUGGCCAUGGAGGAGACGCUCAUCUCCCCCACCCUGCUCACGUGGGUCGUCAGUGCCGGCGUCGUGGUGCUCGUCUCCGUCGUGGGCUUCGGCGCAGGUUACGUCAUUGGCCGGGAAGUCGGGCGCCAGGAGGCCGCCGCCGCCGGCCUGGUUGGCGGCGCGGUGAACGAGACGGCGUCGUCGUGUGGCCGCGAGGCUAUCCGUGGAUCGUCCGGUACACUGCGCAGGUUCAAAUGGAGUUCUGUUGUGGGAAAGAGCAUCACUGCCUGA